AUGGCUCCGUUUGUCAUCAACAGCCAAAGAGCAAAAAAGAGGAAGUCGAGCUUUCGCAGGCCGCUGAAGACGAGCAACGUGAAGCUUGACUACAAGCUGAAGAACCGUCAGUUCAAGAAGGAGAGCACCGACAAGAAACACCGCAAGGAGCAGAAGAAGCUCCUGGCAGCUAUUAAAGAUGCCGCCUUGAAGUCCCCCCUCUGCCUGGAGCGCUACAAGAAGAGGCCAGAGGAUGAAGAGGAGGAGUUUGUGGAGUACCUGCCAAUUGACAUGAUGGAUGAAGAUGGCCUGGAGCAGAUUAAAGCCAUGGCUCAGAAAGCCUCCUUCCUCACCAGAGACCCGUCAUUGAGUGGUCCAGUGCAUGCCAAAAAGCACAAGGGGGAGCAGCAGGGGCCAGAGAGUUAUGAGAAGAUGCCCAGAAAGAUGCAGCUAACAGAAGAGAAGGAGGUCAUUCACUUCCUGCCAAUCAAAGACAAGAUCAGAGGCCUCUUCCCUCAGAGCAUGGAGAAACCUGUUGAACCCCAAAAAUCUGAGGAGGAAGCAGAUGUGGACUGGCUUGGAGCCUAUGAACCCCUUGGCUUGAAGGAUGAGGCUGUGACCGGGCCGGCCCUGACCCCUCAGGAGCAGCUAAAACUCCACACACAGAAGCUGACAGACAGGAUGCUACGCAUUGCCAGUCUAGGAUCAGACAUCCUCUCAGAACCCACCAUCAACAUCAAGAAGCUGCAAGAGCUGCGAUCGAUGUUGAUGGAGACCGACCCCUACAUGGCCGUCAGAAAGCUGGUCAUGGUCUCUCUGAUGGAGGUCUUCAAGGACAUCGUCCCCUCAUACAGGAUAAGACCCCUGACAGAGACAGAGAAAGCCUUAAAAGUGAAGAAAGAGACACAGCAGUUGAGGGAGUUUGAGGACGGCUUGGUGAGCCAGUACAAGUUCUACCUGGAGCAGGCAGUCAAAGACUGGAAGCAGAAGAAGAGAAAGCGCAGCGAGGCGCUGUCUCUGCAGUCCUUUAAGGGCCUGGCUGAGGUGGCCAUCCGCUGCAUCUGUGAGCUGCUGGUGGCCCUGCCACACUUCAACUUCCACAACAACAUCAUCAUCAUGGUAGUGCCUUUGAUGAACGACCCCAUCAAGAGGAUGCUGAAGGUUCUCCUCUAGCUGAGGAUAAAGGAAGUAGAGGUGAAGAAAGACACAGACGACACAGCUCCCAAAAUGAAGUUGAUGAACUACAAAGACAAAAAGAAGAAUCUGUCUAGGAUGCAAAGGUCAGUAGCCCAAGCACCAGUCUGCCUGUCUACCUGUGUUUGAUCGUUAAGGGGAGGAGGGGUUCUACUAGGCUAACAUAUGGAAUUGUUUUACGAUGCUCAUACCAAGGAUCAUUUAGCUAUUUGAUUUUGAAUUUUAGGACCCCUUAAGGUAUGUUUAUCCAUGUAUCAUAUUUGAUGAAACAUUGAAUUUGGCCUAUUCGCCCAUAGAAACUAAUUGAAUAACAACUUCAACGUCGUACAUGGAUAAACAGCUUCUAAAGGAAGUUUGUUCUGAAGUUUCUGUCCUCUAACUGAGAGAUAUAAGAAAUAUCAGGAAACUAUUUGUAUUUAUUUUUUCCAGUUAUUUAACCCCUGAUUUUAGGCACUAGACUGCCUCCAUAUACAGUAUACUUCCAUUCAUUUGUUUUAACUGGUACCCGGCAACCUUUCUUCUCUGAACGUUUGCUCAUUUAAUUAACCUGGAGAUCUUUGAUGACUUGUUGAAUGUUCUCCAACAUCUUAUCCAAUCAGGGGUGGGUAAUACAAAUCCUCUACCAUUUACAUCCAAGUACUAUUGACAUCAUCUCAUAUGAUUGGCUAAUGGCUUUUCUCCCUCUAGGAUCUGACCUAUCGGGAAAGAGCAGCUUACCGAUCACUGUACACAACCUGUAGCACACCCAACAACCUCAUCGCCAUAUUGUUAUUUAUCCUCUUGCUCUUUUGCACCCCAGUAUCUCCACUUGCACAUCAUCAUCUGCACAUCUAUCACUCCAGUGUUAAUGAUAAAUUGUAAUUAUUUCACCUCCAUGGCCUAUUUAUUACCUCCCAACCCUACAUUUGCACACACUGUACAUAGAUUUUUCUAUUGUGUUAUUGACUGUAUGUUUGUUUAUCCCAUGUGUAACUCUCGCAGGUCGCAGUUGUAAAUGAGAACUUGUUCUCAACUGGCCUACCUAGUUAAAUAAAGGUGAAAAAAUAUAUAUAUAUUCCACAAUGUUAUUAGGACACACUUAAAGGAAUACUCCACCCAAAAACUGUUUCGUUAGUCCAUUGUUGAUAUAGUGUCACGCUUCUUCUAAAGUUGAACCCAGAAGCAGACCAGGACAAGGAGAGUAAGACGAAGGUGAGUAUUUAUUUGCAAGUUUGAAUGUAGUGAUAGAAAAAUCCAAGUGGCGGAGCGGGCAGCGGAGGUGAGUUGAUGGGAGUGAAUAGGCAGAUCCAAGGAAGUAACUGAAGUCACCGACGACCAGGUAGGGAUGAGAUGAGUGUUCCGGGUGAAUGACUGUAGACAGAAAAAACGGAGGUGAGUUCAAGGCAAGCAAGACGUACAAAACAACAAAACAAACUCUCUCAAACUGGAGGCUGAUACACUGGCACAACAUACUGUUCAUGACUAACGAUCCAGCAGGGAAUGGAUGUCAGGUCAGCGCUUAUGAAGUGGAGGGGUGAUGAUCAGGACCAGGUGUGCAGAUAGCUGAUGGGAUACAGGUGCAGGUACUCAGAGAUACAGGGUGCGUUCCAGGACACCGGAAAAAACACUCCAGGACAGAACACGGGCAAAAACAAACUCAGGAAGCGGGAUUCGUGACAUAUAGUCCCAAAAUGUUUUGCUUGUCAGCAAUCAAGUUUUCAAGAUAUGUAACUUUCAAAAUACAGAAAUCAUCCCGGUAUGAUGCAGAAAUUUCCUUUAAGUGAGUUGUCUGUCUCCUACCUCUGCAUUGUCUGUCCCAGGAUUAUUUCACGAUAGGCGAAGCCCUGUUGGAUGAUAAAUUGAAGCAGCAGAUUGAUCGUGUUCUCUCAACGGAGGAAAAGGAUCCUACAUCGAUGGAUUUCAGCACAUAACACUUCACACCCAACCAGAAACCCCCUCUCUUCUUUUGCCUGUAUUUGAUCUAAAUGGACUGUAAAAUAACAAUCAACCAUAAACUGGUUUCUGUUUGACAUUGCUUUUUAAUCAUUCUCUUUGCUGAUGUUCAGACAUUUUUGACACCUGAGAAUAUACAAAAAACAUUUGACAGUUAAGUGUCGAAGAACAUUAAAGUAAUGUUGCGUUAAA